CAUUUUAUGUUAUAGUUGAGGUGUAUUUCAUUAUUUAAAAAAAAAAAAAAAACAAGAACAGACAUCGUUUGUUUAUCUUUUAUCUAAAACUGGGGUAGUUGUAAUAACACGGAGUGAGAUACCUUACUAUCAUACGUUUCUUGAGUUGUUUUAAACAUUGUGCUGUCCUUUGGCUUAUUCUGCGAUGUUUGUCAGAAAUGUCAAACUAUGUCGUUGUGACUUCAAAAAAAUCUCCCGUUCAGGACAGAUCUUGCCGUCAGCUGCAGCAAGAUUGCAGCACAAUGAUACCCAGGAACUCAGUCAUCCCGCCCCCUCCUCUCGUCCAGAGACGUCCAAAGCAAAGACCCUGAUGGACAUUGGGACUUGCCGGAUUUUCAAUGAGGGCCAUGACCUCUUCAGGCAGAGUGUGCGGCGCUUCUUCCAAGAGGAGGUAGUGCCACAUCACAAGGAAUGGGAGAAGGCAGGCCAGGUGAGCAGGGAGGUGUGGGAAAAGGCUGGCGAGCAAGGCCUGCCGGGGGUUAUGACAGAGGAGUGCGGCGGCAUUGGCGGGGAUCUGUUCUCAGCAGCUGUCACAUGGGAGGAACAAAUGUACUCAAACUGUUCAGGACCAGGUUUUACGCUUCACUCUGACAUUGUCAUGCCCUACGUAAUCAACUACGUCACCAAGGUGCAGAUUGAACACUUUAUUCCUAAAAUGACUGCUGGAAAAUGUAUCUGUGCCAUUGCCAUGACUGAGCCAGGAGCGGGUUCUUUCCUUCAAGGUGUGCGGACAUAUGCCAACGAUUGGAUCCUGAAUGGCAACAAGGUGUUCAUCAGCAACGGCCGGAUGGCCGACCUGGUGGUGGUGGUGACCGUGACUGACCGUGAGGCCAAGACAGCAGCCCAUGGCAUCAGUCUCUUGGUGGAGGAUGGCAUGAGAGGCUUCCACAAAGGACGCAAGCUGGAAAAGAUCGGCACAGGUACUUAAUAUUGCACAUUCGAUGAAGAUCCCCGACAUGGCACCGCUUGCAUUAUAUCUCAUCUUCUUCCGAAGGACACAGCUGAACUUUUCUUUGAGGAUGUACGUCUCCCAGCGGAAGCACUACUGGGCGGACUCAACAAAGGUUUCUACUACUUGAUGAAUGAGCUGCCGCAGGAGCGCCUGGUGAUCGCCGACAUGGCCAUCGCAAGCUGCGAGUUCAUGUUUGAGGAAACCAGGAGCUACGUGUUACAGAGGAAAGCAUUCGGAAAGACAAUCGCUCAUCUGCAGGUGUGUACAGUGUCAUUUAGCAAUUUUGUGAAGCUCUGUAGGCUUCAGUGACUUUGUGUAACAGACCUGGGCCGCGUGUUCAUUGACAGCUGCCUACAGCUCCAUGGCGAGAAACGCCUUGACCCCUCCACUGCUUCCAUGGCCAAGUACUGGGCAUCAGACCUGCAGAACAAGGUGGCCACGCAGUGCCUACAGCUCCACGGGGGCUGGGGCUACAUGUGGGAGUACCCCAUUGCUAAGGCGUUUGUUGACUCUCGUAUUCAGCCCAUCUAUGGAGGAACCAAUGAGAUCAUGAAACAGCUCAUUGCGCGGAGCAUCGUCAGCCAGAAAUAAGACACCCUCUCACCCUGUUAAGGUGGUAUUCGUAUUUUAUGUGGAGACAUAAAAUAAUAUAAAACUGAAUUGACCAACUGAUACAGAAUCUUCAGAAAGCAGAACACGUCCCAUCAAGUUAAAAAAAAAUAAUAAUCAUUUGUUUCUCAUCUUGAUAAUAUACAGUAGUCAGUCUCAUAAAGUCAAUUUGUUGUUCACGCUUCUAUACUUUACAACUGUUUGUCUUGUUACAAUGGAUUUGAAAAAAUUCACAGUGAAUGCAGUUUUAAUAUUGAAUAUUUAUAGAUUAAUAUUGAAUUCAUGUUUCCAUUGAUGGCUGUUGAAUUCAAAUAUCCAUGUUAACAUGGAGGCCUGGCAGUGAAAGAGUUAAUCACUGCCAUUGACGGCUAAACAAAUCAAAUAUCCAUUUUAACUGGGGGCUGGCAGUGAAUGAGUUUUUAAUAAAAUAUCGAAGCACUGUAAUGAAAAUGUUUCUGUAAUUUAUUUUAAUCAUGAGUACAGUUCAUCACAAAUACAGUACUGUAAGUAGUAAGUAAAAAGAUGAAUAGGAAAAAAAUGCAGAGAUUUAAAGAUGCAUUCAUAACACUGGGGAACAAUUUGAAAAAAAAAUCUGUUGAGUUAGAGUUUUAUGUCUAAAAGUCCAAGUCUAAAAUUGUGUGGCACGGUGGGCGACUGGUUAGAGCAAAAUGUCACUGAUUAGCUGUAAUAAGACCUGCCAACUGAUUACGAUUUGAUUCAUCUACAGCUACGUGGCAACUUGUUUGUGCAGUCACAAUUGAGACAGUGCGGUGAGAGGUGUGUCCAGCUCCCAAUAGGUCAGUACUAUCAAUAUCAGAAAACAGAAAGCUAGCAUAGUAGGAAUUAAGAGGAUUUGUGCCAUAUACCUUUGUAAAACAUAAUGCUGUUAAACAUUGCAGUCAUGCCUGUUUCUUCCAUAUUUCAUUGUAUGUCAAUAUUUGAAAAGUAUUAUAAAACAAGCACAUAUGUUAAGUACAGUAUUUUUUAUAUUUUAUAAGAAAACAGGGAUCUAUAGUUCAAAAACUUGACGUGAUAGAGAAAAACUGAGAUCGGUUUUGGAUUUCUCACCCAAACAUUUGUUAAAAACAGCUGUCAGACUGACAAAAAUUGUUUUCCCCCGUGUAAUUGGUAAAUCGAAUCCUAGCCCUCUUAAUUUCAGUGGAAUCGAUUUAUGAGGUGGUGAGAUAUUCCUACGCCUCGUUCAUACUAAAAUGUAGAACCAAUAAAAUGUUGAGCGAGUCAGCUUAACUCAUGUACAGUAACUUAUGUUGUUUACAGUCUCUUGUUGAGGCUGGUCCAUCAUUUGGAUCGGAAUUGCUAAAAAGCUAAAUAAAAUAGCACAACACACAUAUAAAGUUAAUCCUUUGAUGUAUGCUGACCUGAUGUGUUACUCACAAACACUAAGCCUUGAGGUUGAAAGAGAUAAGGGACAGAUCUGGGUGAAUUCUGGCUCACUUAAUGUUCCCAGAAGCACAAUGGCCUCUCAUUCUUUCAGGACAACAGGACUUCGUUGAGCAGGUCAACCUACACAAACGUACAGAGAAACAUGACCCUGUCCCAGCUUUUUUGGAACGUGUUGCAGCCAUAAAAUCCGAAGUUAAUGAUUAUUUGCCAAAAACAAUAAAGUUUAGCAAUUUGAACAUUAAGUAUCUUGUCUUUUGUAGUGCAUUCAAUUAAAUAUAGGUCGAACAUGAUUUGCAAAUCAUUGUAUUCUGUUUUAACACAACGUCCCAACUUCAUUGGAAUUGGGGUUGUAUUUGGAAUGUGGGGAAAGGAAAGAAAAACCUACACAAGCACAGGGAGAACAUGCAAAUAACAAAUCUGAGGCAAAUGUACAAUAUACUUAACUACUGUACCACCUAAAACUAAUACUCCUCAGCUCUGGGCCACUUAAAAGCUCUGAGAUGAUUAUAACAUCACAUAAAUGUGAUAUCCCCACCUGCAUCCAUUAUUUCUAGUGGAAUCAUGUACAGCACACAGAUUAAGGUAAGGUGACCUGCCAAACGUGCAGCCUAAAAGCACAUACUGGACCUCGGGUCAAAGUUUCCAACAUGUGAUAUCUUUUUGCACAAUUGUUUUUUGUCAAUGUAUUUAUGUCUCCAAAGUGUUCUGUAAAUUGACUGUCUGUUGUACUAGAGCGGCUCCAACUACCGGAGACAAAUUCCUUGUGUGUUUUGGACAUACUUGGCAAAUAAAGAUGAUUCUGAUUCUG